AUGGGCCGCGCGCAGAUCUUGCAGGAGCUGGCGGUGUUCGACGGUUCUAUACGGUUUCUUCCGCUGGACAAAACCAUUGUGGCCUUGUUUGCAGCAUUUGCGAAGCAGCGUGCGCUUUCCGAAGAACAGCAGGGAGUGGCAGAAGAACAGCAGGGAGUGGCAGAGGAGUAUGAGGGAGGGCCUCUGCGGCUGAUCGGCCAGAUGCUUCAAGCUCUCGUUCUGAUUCCUUUGCUCGUCAUCGCGUUGCUGGUAUCCUUGGCCAUAAAGUGCUUCCUGGGUAAGGCCGCAAGUCCGGCCCAACUCCGGAGCUCUGUCCGUAGAUUCGCUGAGAAAGCCUUGAGGCGUGGACCAAGGGCACUUUUGGACUAUCCCGAGGGCCACAACUGGAUCGGCGGUUUGGACAUGAUUUGGACUUCCCCCCCAAUGGUGCGAAGGGUUAAGCCACAUCUGCAGCAGAUAUCCGAUUUCGAGCCCGGCGAUCGCCUGGUAUCCGUGGGCGACCAACCGACAGAGGCUUUGGGGCGUGAGGAG